AUGAACACUAAUUCAUACAACAAUCAAAUGUCUUCACAACCCAUACAACACAUACCACAGCAAAACCCGAUGACCGCCGGCGCCGCACAAUACCCAAACACAGUAUUCAAUGAUCGGCGGCCAUCGUAUCCGCCGGCCUAUCAGCCGACCGGUUAUCCAUUUCCGGUACCGAAUCCAUUGUUACCACACAAUCCGCUAAUGAAUCCAAUGAUGAACCCAUUGAUGAAUGCGAUGGCAUCGCAAAUGAAUCCAUUGCCGCAAAUGUAUGCCACGAAUCCAUUGCACAAUAUGUACGCUUUCAACAACGGUAUGAAUGGCUCGCAGACUAGUCUCGAUCGGUUUGGUUACCCCGUGAGCACUGGUGGCUCAUCCGUGGCCACCGAUCAAAGCUAUAUUAACUCAUUGUUGCCAAACAUGUCAUCGAGAUAUUCAAGUUGCGAGAAUUUACAAUCCAUUAGCAGUUCGGUGACCAACAGAUCCAAUAUGGAGUCAGGAUUGCAGUUAAUCCAGUUGUUGAGAGACGCGGACCGCAAGGGCUAUACCGCCGAUGACGUCGAAGUGGCCAUCAAUUUCAGUGCAGAAAAGCCGUUAGAAUGGUUGGACGAGAAUUGGCAUAAUAUGUGCGAAACAGUUAUGACGUUAACAAACAAUCAGAUAAUGCAAAACGAGACAAAAAGCGGUAAUAAACGGCUUAUGGAUUGGGAUCUGUUGACAGAAGCGGAGGCAAAGGUGGCCCUCCGGGGGACCAAAGGUAACAUUUGGCAGUCUAUUGAGAAGUGCGUUAAAAACAAACAAAAUACGGCCAAAACGGGCGGCACUGGCAAUGGUGUGCCCGACGGCGACCACAAGACUUCGCUAUCGCUAGAGAUAUCGGGUAUGGGUUCGGGUAAAGACAAUAACGACUCAAAUGUGGUGAAAAUUGUCGCACAAUUGGACCAAAUAAAUGACAGUUCCGAUGCGAAACCCGACCAAUACAUUGAGGAGAGAGUGAUAACCGAAGAGUUGACCACAACUAGCGAUUUCGACGACGAGCCCGAAGAGGAGAACUUCUAUUCGGCGAGUGAUAACGACAGCACCGGCGAUGACGAGGACAGCGCCGGUGACGACCCCUCCAGUCCGGCGGGCAAGUGGUCGUGUCGGUCGGUAUACCAGUGCUUAAUAUUUUGUACGUUUAUUAACGACAAUAAGUGUGCGAUUUGUGAGAUGUGUAGCAAAACUCGUCACAAGAAUUGCAUUAAAAAGCCGUCAAAUCGUAAGAAUCGGCCGCAGAAUAGGACGAGAAGAUUGUCGUCGAAUGGCAGCAAAGCCUCCAAUAAAGACACGGAAUUAGACUUUGACGAGAAGAUAGUCAACGAACAGAAGGCCAUUGAGAAAGAGCUGAUCCGACGGCUGGAAAAUGAACGCCGAAUCGAUCGCCAGAACGAGAAGAUCAGUCGACGGGAAGAGUUUAUCCGACGUAAGAGUUUGGGACUUCCCGUCAGCGAACAGUUGGCCGAUCAGAUCAGGGCUGACCAGACGUCCGCACCCGACGGCCACCACAUUAACGAUGACAAUAACGAUGUGAAUAAAAGUGUUGGCAAUACUGACCAAAACCCGAUGACCGCCGGCGCCGCACAAUACCCAAACACAGUAUUCAAUGAUCGGCGGCCAUCGUAUCCGCCGGCCUAUCAGCCGACCGGUUAUCCAUUUCCGGUACCGAAUCCAUUGUUACCACACAAUCCGCUAAUGAAUCCAAUGAUGAACCCAUUGAUGAAUGCGAUGGCAUCGCAAAUGAAUCCAUUGCCGCAAAUGUAUGCCACGAAUCCAUUGCACAAUAUGUACGCUUUCAACAACGGUAUGAAUGGCUCGCAGACUAGUCUCGAUCGGUUUGGUUACCCCGUGAGCACUGGUGGCUCAUCCGUGGCCACCGAUCACAGCUAUAUUAACCCAUUGUUGCCAAACAUGUCAUCGAGAUAUUCGAGUUGCGAGAAUUUACAAUCCAUUAGCAGUUCGGUGACCAACAGAUCCAAUAUGGAGUCGGGAUUGCAGUUAAUCCAGUUGUUGAGAGACGCAGACCGGAAGGGCUAUACCGCCGAUGACGUCGAAGUGGCCAUCAAUUUUAGUGCAGAUAAACCGUUAGAAUGGUUGGACGAGAAUUGGCAUAAUAUGUGCGAAACAGUUAUGACGUUAACAAACAAUCAGAUAAUGCAAAACGAGACAAAAAGCGGUAAUAAACGGCUUAUGGAUUGGGAUCUGUUGACAGAAGCGGAGGCAAAAGUGGCCCUCCGGGGGACCAAAGGUAACAUUUGGCAGUCUAUUGAAAAGUGCGUCAAAAACAAACAAAAUACGGCCAAAAUGGGCGGCACUGGCAAUGGUGUGCCCGACGGAGACCACAAGACUUCGCUAUCACUAGAGAUAUCGGGUAUGGGUUCGGGUAAAGAGAAUAACGACUCAAAUGUGGUAAAAACUGUCGCCCAAUUGGACCAAAUAAAUGACAGUUCCGAUGCGAAACCCGACCAAUACAUUGAGGAGAGAGUGAUAACCGAAGAGUUGACCACAACUGUGACCACAAAUCUGGUUCAUCAGGAGAUAGCGAUGGCCACGAGUAGCGGCGGAAUGAGCGCCGACCGGAAAGUGUUGUCCAACUCAAUGGAACAGCUGUUGAGUGAGUGGAAGAUUGAGAAACAACUGUCGGAUCGACAGCGCCUUCAGGAGCGCGAGAGGGAGAAAAUGAGGAAAAUUCUUGAGCUCCAGAAACGGUUGAGUGAAUUCGACACCGAUUUAGACGACAGUAGUGUCAGCACAACUGCCGACGAAGUGGAAGACCUACCGCUGGACACCGGUCUCGUUGUCCCGGCGGCCGACGAUCAGCCCUUUACGGACGUUACCGGCGAUGAACUGCAACUGAUCGGUAUUGAAGUGCGACCAAUGGAUGUCCGAAGGCUGGAAAUCAGUGGCCACGAGUCCGACGGUGAGGAUCCACUCGAAGAUGUGGCGAGCGAUGGAUCAGUUGGCGAUGAACUGGAUUUGAAUAGAGAUCCCAACGAGUAUUAUAGUGACGGCGAAAGGGCUGAUCGACUGAGCGAUGACUUCAGUGACGAUGAAUUUGCCAGAAUUGACGCCAGAAUUCAGCAAAAAUUGGACCAGAAUUUCGCCGCCAAUAGGGUCGCAGAAUCUGUGGACAUAUUUAAUGGCAUUACCGGCGAUAAGAAUUCAAUACAAGAAAAUCCUAUUUAUACACAAUUAUCGGACAAUAAGAGCGUUGAGAAUACUAUUGAAAAAUCUAUUGAACCAAUUGUUGAGCAAAAUGUUGUUAAAGAAUGUGAUACUAGAGAUGAGUUUGAAUAUUGGCAAAGUUGUAGUACGAGUCAGGCAAAUGACACAAAACAUGAUGAUAAUAGUGAUGGCAAUAAUACAAAUACCAGUCCAGAAAAUGUUAAACAGAAAGAAUAUUGUGUUGAUAAUAAUGCCAAAGCAAUUGCCGUGAAUAACAUCAAAGAGUUUGUAACGGGAAAAAUGGCUAAAUUAGGAAUUAGUAAUGAGAAAUUACAAGAAUAUUCUUUAAUGUCUGGCAUUGAAAAUAAAUUGAAUACAAAUCCUAAGCCGAGUGAACAGAAUUUACAACAAUUUGUUAAACAAGAAAUCACGGAUUCUGCUAAAGAGACAAUAUUAGCCAACAAAAUGCAAAACAAACACAAGAAAUGGUAA